AAACCGCAAACCCGGUCACCAGUCUCGCUUCGAUUCUGCGUUCUCAGUGGCUUCAAGUUUGUGGCCCACGACUGCAACUAUGGCCUCCGAUAUGACCACUCCGAUUCUGGACGCUCUGUCUGCGUCCGAGGCGGCGAUUCUCUCAAGCGAAGCCUUCCCCUCCACCCCCUCAUUGUCUAUCAAAAGUGCGCUUGACCGCCUAGCCUCACGAUCGAUGGUGGAAUACGAGACGAUCGACAAAGAGGUGGUUGUCCUGACAGACGAGGGCGAGGAGAUUGCCACCAAUGGAAGCCACGAGGCCAAGGUUUUCGAGGCCGUCGUCGCUGCUCUGGACGGCUUGAAGAUCGGGGACCUGCCCGGCAUUGUCGGCAAGGACAACGCCAAAAUCGGCCAGGGAAAUGCGUUCAAGCGGGGAUGGAUUAAAAAGGACAAGGAUGUUCUCCGGGCAACGACGCACUCGAUCGUGGACGAGACCCGGGAGCUCCUGCUCACGGUCAAGCGCACCCAGGCGCUGGACGACCAGAAGGCUGUCACCGACCUGAAGCGGCGAAAGCUCAUUGCCCUGCAGAAGGUCAUCUCCUUCAAGAUCUCCAAGGGCCCCAAAUUCGCUCGUGAGUUCGUCAAGGAGGAGACGGAUCUGACGGCAGAGAUGCUGGCCAACGGGUCGUGGAAGACGGCCCAGCUCAAGCCAUACAACUUCAAGGCCAAGGGGGCCUUGACCCCGUCUGGUGCCUUACAUCCCCUCAACAAGGUGCGACAGGAGUUCCGCAACAUUUUCUUCGAGAUGGGUUUCGAGGAGAUGCCGACGAACCGCUUCGUCGAGACGGGCUUCUGGAACUUCGACGCCCUGUUCGUGCCGCAACAGCACCCGGCCCGUGAUCUCCAAGACACCUUCUACAUCUCCGACCCGGCCAAGGCUGACCCGCCGCGUGAAGAUCCGCUCGACGAUCCGCACCGGCUCAAGUCUGCGCAGCCGGCGUCGUCCAAGGCGACCACAGAGAAAGCCCUCGACUACAAGGGCUACUGGGACAACGUCCGACAGGUCCACGAGUCCGGCAAGUACGGCUCCAUAGGUUACCGCUACCCCUGGAGCGCAGAUGAGUCGCUGCGCCUCGUCCUCCGUACCCACACCACGUCCGUGUCGACGUACGUGCUGCACAAGCUGGCGGCCAACCCGCGACCGGCCCGCUACUUCAGCAUCGACCGCGUCUUCCGUAACGAGGCCGUCGACGCAACCCAUCUGGCCGAGUUCCACCAGGUCGAGGGCGUGAUCGCUGAUUUCGGCCUCACCCUCGGCGGUCUCAUCGGCUUCAUGGAAGUCUUCUUCGCCAAGAUGGGCAUCCACCAGCUCCGCUUCAAGCCCGCCUACAACCCUUAUACUGAGCCCAGCAUGGAAAUCUUCGGCUACCAUGAAGGCCUCGGUAAGUGGGUGGAGAUUGGUAACAGUGGCAUGUUCAGACCGGAGAUGUUGGAGCCCAUGGGUCUCCCGAAGGACAUGAGAGUCUACGGCUGGGGAUUGAGUCUUGAACGACCAACCAUGAUCAAGUACGGCGUAAGCAAUAUCCGAGAACUCCUCGGCCACAAGGUCGAUCUCAACUUCGUGGAGACCAAUCCCGCCGUUCGUCUGGAGAAGGACUAGAGGGGGGGGGACUGGACUUCCUUGCCUGUUGAGCUUGGUUUCACGGGAGCCUACUGUUCGAAAAAAAAAAAUCACUAGCCAUAGCAUUACGAGUCAUGGAGAUGAUAGAUAUGAGCAGAAAAAUGAGUACAGAACAGGAA